AUGGACUGUGGAAGCGUGGGAACAGCUGCGGGUAUCGACCCCAAAAUUCUAGAUAAUUGGCAAACAGACGGCGCAUUUUCCGUCGCGUCGUGGGAACACAUCGCAUACGAACAAUCGCCUGAGUGGGACACGUCCCAGGAUUCUAGCCAGUGUGCCGAUGUCGCGGACCUGGGUGCUUUCCACGACCCUCUGACGGGCUCUUUGUUGGAUCGCUCUGGUGAUCGGCAGAACAGGAAACGCGAUGUAACUUCUGAGAAUUUCAACUACGCCGACGGCGGCGUCGAGGGCACUUGUAGUGGUACUAUCAGCCCUCGCACGAUCCCGUCCUCCUCUGACGAUAACUUCCAUGGCGAAGAAGCAUGGCCGCACUUCCAGCUGUACAACUCCGUCGCGGCCGGCUUGCCUCUGGAAGCCCCGAUGCUCUACCCUUACGGCAAAGCGCCGGCCAACUCGACCGGCGCUGUUAUCGUGGAGGACGCCGGUGAAUUGUCACAAGGUCAAGGAUAUCCGGAUGCUCCGGGCGAGGCUAUCAUGUUCCAGCAGGUCCAGCCAUCAUUCCCGAUGAUGGACCAGUGGCAUGAAUAUCCGAAUGGCCUUCCCGUGGAGAAUAUAUCCGCGCAUGGAUCCGUUACGUUGGCCAUGAAUUCGCAGAAUGACGCGAAGGAUCCUUCUUUGCGCGAAUAUCAGCCUCUGGCACCUCCGGCACGUCCACUCGAGUCCCGUUGGCUCGAUAACCUGGAGUCGCAAUUACCUGCCUCGCAAUUGCCAUCUGCAUCUGCCAUCGCCGCUCAAGCGGCUCAGAAGAACGGUCAAAAUGGACAUGACGGCUCUCACCACUUCAAGUCCGAAAGUUCAUCUGUCUCAGGCGACGUGUCUGGGAUCUACGAGUGCUCGUACUCUUCGACCAAUGAAGAAGUGUCAAACUUCGCUGAGCGCCAGCGUCAUGAUGAUCCUCACUGGAAAAUUUGUACGCCGGACGGUGGCUCUCCCACGGAGACACCCGGUCCCAAGACCACCGCCUUCAUGGUCAGCGAGACCCCAUCUGAGUCUCUUAUUAGCACAAUCCCAUCUCAAUCGAGAGAUUCCUCGUCCGCUGGGCGUAAUUCAGGCCGUCCUUUGGCUCUUGCGAUGCAGUCUGUGGCUACCGUGCGAAAGCGCAAGAAUCGUAGCGGCCAAGGCUCUAUGAAUAAGGGCCAACCCAAGCCUUUGCAGAUUGUCCAAGAAGAUGGACAGGGUGGUUCGAUCGCGUCUGCAGACUUUGUCUCCCCUCCUCGCGGUGCUCGUCGCAAGGGUCCGCUGAGCAUGGUUGGCAGAGCCAAUGCUGGCAUGCGCCGAAAGAAUAAGGAUACUUGUGUUCAAUGUCGACUGAACAAGCGCAAGUGCGAUGGAAGCUCGCCAUGCGAUGCUUGUCGCCCGACCCUUCACGAGCAACCGUGUGCUCGCGCUUGCUUUUCUAGCAUUGUUGAAUUCGGCACGUGCAACUACAUAUCUCAACGAGCUGCGAAUCACCCAACCCUGGAUGGCAGUGGCAGAGUUCGAAUGGCCAUACCAUCUGAAUUUGAUCUUAAUCAACUAUUGUCGGUCCUCUCGGAGCGUCAAGGCCAUUUCAAUAUCCGCGCCAGUCAAGCCUGGGGUUCUCUAUAUGUGCUCGACCUUGGAGAGACCUACAAGUUCCUGAAGAGCUUGAGCGAAUACAAUGGCAAUAACAAGUCGACCUUCCUGGAAUUCAUUGACCGUCGGAUAGUGGAAUCCAAAGACAAGUCGAAGAACUGGUUGACUUGUGUCAAAGACUGCGAUCCCAUGAACCAAGCAUACACCCUCCUAUCCCAGUGGAACAAUAUGCCUAGUCGUGCACAGUACUCCAUUGUGCCCCUCGACUCUAAUGGCCAAGAACGUCCAAUGGACGUCAACAACCCAGAAGACCGCCGUGACAUCCUUCUCGCAGCGCAGCUCUCCCGCAUUAUCUGCCGCAUGAUGGAAGUCGAAGGCUUCCGCAAACUGGAGCGUGACUUCUACAACAUCAAAUGGAAGCAGAUCUCCCACGAGACACACAUCCGCUUCCUCAACGAACUAGGCCACAUCCUCCUCUCCCUCCGCUGGCGCGUUUCAUGGUGGAAGAUGCUCGGCGACGGAGGCCACAACCCUGACCCUAGCCAACAGCACUAUAUUGACCGGGUCGAGCUCCUCUGCCGUAUCCUCUACGUCUACUACACGUGUGUCCUCGCCAAACUGCCUUCAUGGUCAACCAGCGAUGUACCCAAGGGUACCUGGUCCUCCUACCCAGACUCAGACAACCCCGUCUGGGAUGACUUCCCCUCGGACGCAUCAGACGCAGGCUUCCAGACCUGGAUGACGCACGGUAGGGGACCUCAUCGAGCAAGCCGGUGUUCCAGGCCGCAUCUCGAAGAGGUAGGAGUAAUUGAAUAUGGCAUGGACUGGGACAGGAGUUGGCACGAUAGAUACCCCUUUUUUUUUGGAUCAUCCCCCCCUUAA